CCUGCUGGUGGCGGAGCCUGUCUGUGUCCCGGAGCGGGGGAGACGCCUCCGCAGCCACCGGAGCGAUGGCACCCAAAAGUCAGGUGAAAUGCAAGCUUCCCAUCCCUCUCCCGGAAGCCCUGAUUCUCAAGGAUACGGAAGGAAAGAGCUGGAGGCUCGGCAGGAUGAUCGGUUCUGGAGGAUUCGGGCUGAUCUAUUUAGCUUCCCCAUAUGUAAGCGAGCCCGUCCGAGACAAAGAUGCACUUCACGUAAUUAAAGUGGAAUAUCAAGAGAAUGGGCCGUUAUUUUCCGAACUGAAAUUUUACCAGAGAGCUGCGAAACAAAAUUGUAUCAAAAGAUGGAUGGCACUCAAGCAGCUCGAUUUCUUAGGAAUUCCGCUCUUCUGGGGAUCUGGGUUGGCUGCAUACAAUGGAAAAAGUUACAGAUUCAUGGUCAUGGAAAGACUAGGAAUGGAUCUGCAGAAGAUCGUAGACCGGGAGGGCCGCUUUGGAAAAGAGACUGUCCUUCAGCUGGGCAUCCGGAUGUUGGAUGCACUGGAAUAUAUACAUGAAAAUGAAUAUGUUCAUGGUGAUAUCAAGGCAGCGAAUCUACUUCUGGGCUACAGAAAUCCCCAGCAGGUUUAUCUUGCAGAUUAUGGACUCUCCUACAGAUAUUGUCCCAGUGGGAACCACAAACAGUAUCGGGAAAAUCCGAGAAAGGGCCAUAACGGGACCAUAGAAUUUACUAGCUUAGAUGCCCACAAGGGAGUAGCCCCGUCCAGACGAGGUGACCUUGAAAUCCUUGGCUACUGCAUGCUCCGGUGGUUCUGUGGGAAGCUGCCGUGGGACUCCGACCUUCAGGACCCUGUGGCCGUCCAGACUGCCAAAACCAACCUCAUGGAUGAGCUCCCCGAUUCGGUGAUGGAGUGCGCGCCUCCUGGAAGCAGCUGCGGCGAAAUAGCCCAGUUCCUGGCGUGUGCCCACGGCCUAGCUUAUGAGGAAAAGCCGAAGUAUCAAGUACUAAAGGACAUCCUGCUGGGCGGAUUGAAGUCAAGCUGUGCUGUCCCCGACGGGCCCUUGGCGUUUUCCAGUUGCGGAUGCCCCGGAGAGGUGGGCCGUCCACUCGGCGACUCUCCAAUGCCGGCGGGAAGGCGGACCGCACCGGUGCCGGGCAAGGGGACGGAUGGAGGAUGUUCCGGUCACGGGAACGCUGGACAACCAAGGGAGGAGAAGCCGGCCGGACCCAUCGACUGGGAAACACCUUGCUGGAACCCGCUGCCGACGCCCCCGGGGCCCCGAGAUUAUUGGAAAGUUGCGAGGGUCCCAGCUCCAGUCGGCCAAACUCAUUCUCCGCGCUGUCUCCCGGAGCCGAAUCAGGAUUGUCCCAGUCCGAAUUCAUUUGCCAAGUCCAGGCGUUUUCGGUCCACGUCCUCUUCUGCGUGGGGGAGUGUGGUUGAUCUUGAGAAGAAGGCGACUCCCUACAGAAGCAGCAGCGAUUCCCCGCGUCUGCGGCCCUCACCGCCUCAACCGGGUUUCAGCCACGAGGCCGAGGCCGACGUGUUUCGCUAUAGCGUAGUCAUAGUUCUUCUUUUGCUUUUAAUCUUUCUCUCUCUGGCCUAUCUUUGAUGUCGCUCCCAGGUGAAAUG